AAACAGUUUUACCAAUCAUACCUGGCGGCUUUAUUGUGAAAAAGGACAAAGAAUUGUCAAGAAGAUGGCUGACUUCGAUAACGUAAAGGAGAUUUUAGAAUCCGAAAAGAAAGGGCUUAAAUCUCAGCUUAAAAAGGACCCACACACUGAUGGAGACACAGAAUUUUGGGCGAAAAAGGAAAAAAUGAAAGAAGACCUUUACAGACGAAAUUAUGAAGAUUUGUACAGAAGAAGAGAGGCUGCAACCAAGAAGUUGCUUGGCGAGUUUAAAAAAGAGGCCGAGUCAAUUCUAGAGUUAAAUUUUUGGAAAGAUAUUGAAAAUAUGAGAGGGGACUAUCACUAUCCUGAGGAAGAAGGAGUGGCUUGUGAAGACAUAGGAGACACCAAGGAAGAUAAAAACGGUCACGAACGAGCUGAAAUUAGCAACAAAUUACCACUGGUAUUUGAUGAAUCAACUGAAGACACCGACAAUGAACCAGAUGAACAUGACGAGAAAUUACAGAUACAGAACAAAGAACAUCUGACAAAGACGAAAAUUCAAGACUUCACAUAAAAUGAUAUAGAUAAAUUGCCAAAAGUGAAGAAACCAGCCAUCGGAGAUCUCAUCGCAGAGCUUUUGUCUUGUUUCCUCAUCCAUAAAAGAGUAGAAGAUUAGACAACUUUUCCAUUUCAAAAUGACAGACAAAAUAGAGAAGAAAAAGUUAUUGGUGCUGUUAAUUGAUGGUUUCCGUUGGGAUUACUUUGACAUUCCCGGUUUAGAGCUUCCAGGAUUUAGACAACUGUUUAAACAAGGAAUAAAAGCAGAUUACAUGAUUCCUGAUUUCCCCUCAUUAUCAUAUCCAAAUUAUUACUCAAUAAUGACAGGGCUACAUGUUGAAAAUCAUGGAUUUGUUGGUAAUUUUAUGUGGAAUCAAGAACGUGGAAAUAGCUUUGAAAUUAAGAUGGAAACCGCUGAAUCGAAAAAAUCCCACUGGUUUGAAGGUGCUGAACCUCUUUGGAUUACUGCAGUCAAACAGGAAAAGAGAACACAUAUGUUUGAAUGGCCUGGCGGACAUAUUCCAAACAAAGGAACGACAUCAACAUUUUACGAUGAAAUGGGCGUUGAUGAGUGGCCAAUGAUUCCCCAUAUGAUGAAGAAUUUAAAGAAAGCUUUCAACCAAUUAAAAACUGAUAAAAUAGACAUGGCAGGUGUAUUCGUCGAUGUAGUAGAUGAUGGGGGACACAGUUAUGGUCCUAACUCUAAAGAGUUAAAAGACAUUAUCAGACAAACAGAUGAAGCUAUCAAACAAAUGUUAGAUAUGUUAGUACAGGAAGGUUUAGAGGACAAAGUUAAUAUAGUUAUAUUUUCUGACCAUGGAAUGACAGAAAUUUCUGAGUCUAGAACUAUUGAUUUAUCAGAUCAUAUAGGCUAUGCGGAUGUAGAAGCUGUUAGGGAUAAAGGUGCAGUAUGUAGCAUAUGGCCAAGAGAAGGAAAAUUAGAAAAAGUGUACUCUAAUCUACGGCAAAUGAACUGCAAGCAAAUAACGGUUUACAAAAAGGAAAAUUUACCAGAAAGAUGGCGUUAUAAAAAUAGUCAGUUGGUAGCACCCAUAAUUGUUGUAGCAGAGCUUGGUUGGUACAUUUUAACUCCUUCAGGACAAAGCAUAGACAAAUAUAGCGAUGGACCUGCAAAAGGACAUCACGGAUAUGAUAAUACAGAGAAAGAUAUGCGUGGUAUAUUUUUAGCUUGUGGCCCAGAUUUUAAAAAGAACUUUAAAAAUGGGCCUGUGAAAGCAGUAGAUAUAUAUCAAGUGAUGUGCAAAGCACUUGACAUACAACCUCUUCCACAUAAGGGCAGCUGGUCUAAUGUCAAAGAUAUAUUUAUUUGAAAAUAGUGUAUCACCAUUUUUUAGUUUGAAUAAAUACGUAAUAAUAA